GGGAGCCUGGGGCCGGACGGAAGAGCGAGUCGGAGAGCGAUCGAGGGUGCGAGCGCGGCAGUGACACGAGCGGGGCUCCGAGGGGGCCGGCGGGGCCCGAGCCCUCGCCUUCCGGGCGGGGCGGACGGCGUUCACUUCUGACAUUGCGAUGGACAUGGUAUAAUCUCCAUCAAGUCAAAGAAUGGCCGCCAGCUCUGCAUUUCCCAUGGAAGAUGAACAUGUUUCCUUGGGCAUCGAUGAUCUGCACAUUUCACUGCAAGCUGAGCAGGAAGACACUCAGAAGAAAACCUUCACCUGCUGGAUAAACUCACAGUUGGCAAAGCACACACCUCCCUCGGUUAUAUCUGACUUAUUCACAGACAUUAAAAAGGGGCACGUCCUUCUGGACCUGUUAGAAGUACUCUCUGGACAGCAGUUGCCUCGGGAUAAAGGAUCCAAUACAUUUCAGUGUAGAAUCAACAUAGAACAUGCCCUGACAUUCCUGAAAAACAGAUCAAUCAAGCUAAUAAAUAUCCAUGUUGCUGAUAUUGUAGAGGGAAACCCAUCCAUUAUUCUUGGCCUGAUUUGGAAGAUUAUACUGCAUUUUCAUAUUGAGGAGCUUGCCCGGACUCUUUCUUGUGAUUACAAUCAACCUUCCCUGGAGGUUGUGAGUGUGACCAACUCAUCUCCUACCUCAAGUCCUCCGACUAAGAAGAGCUCCAAAGCCCAAGCCCAAGCAAGAUGGCAGUUGUCUGCAAAAAAGGCUCUUCUUCAGUGGGCCCAGGAGCAGUGCGCCAUGUCUCAGUCUGUCAGUGUGACGGAUUUUAAAUCAAGCUGGAGAAAUGGGAUGGCUUUUUUGGCUGUCAUUCAUGCCUUGCGGCCAGACCUCAUCGACAUGAAGAGUGUGAGGCACAGAUCCAACAAAGACAAUCUGAAAGAGGCCUUCAGGAUUGCAGAACACGAAUUGAAAAUCCCCAGAUUGCUAGAGCCAGAAGAUGUAGAUGUUGUAAAUCCUGAUGAAAAGUCAAUCAUGACCUAUGUGGCGCAGUUCCUAAAGUAUUCAAAGGACAUGCCUGGCGCUAGGGGUACAGCUGAGGUAUGCUUUGUUUAUGAAUUCCAGGAUAAGGUGAAGGAUGCUAAGAUCUGGAUAACUCUUCAAGAGGAGAGACUCCAGAAGAUGCUGGAGGAGUCCGCAAGUGAGACCUACUUUAAAAAGUACCAUAGUCUACUGUCCUUCAUGGAGUCACUGAAUGAAGAAAAGCAGCCUUUUGUGGACGUCCUGUCACUGAGCAGGAAUGAGUGUGAACUGAAUGAAGAUCAACUGCAGUUGAGACAAGGCUGGACUGGCCUCACGCACCAGAUUGGUGCGUGGAAAGCCCAGCUGGAUGGCACCUUGCCCUCACCACUCAAGGAAACUGAAGUGUGGCUCCAGGAGGUAGAAGGGCUUAUGGAGGAAGAUCUGCCAGCCUCCCAGGAUUACUCUGAAGCCAUGACUUUGACUCAAGAGAAAAUGUCUUUAUUCAAGAAUCUGAUGGACAGUUCCGACUAUCAUUCAUAUAUGCUCAUGACCUUUGAAAAUAGAGAUGAAAACCACCAGCCAGUGGUGCCACCUGACAAACUGGAGGAAAUGAAAAGACGAAUAAACAACAUUUUGGGGAGAAAAUUCAUCCCGCUUCUUGAAUUUCAUUACUAUAAGUGCUCAGUUCUUGGUUUGCUAGAUGAAGUGAAGUCAAAGUUGGAUGUUUGGAACGUCAGAUACGGGAACAGAGAGUCUGUGGAAGUCUUGCUGAAGGACUGGCAAAAAUUUAUUGAAGAAAAAAAGUGCCUCGCUCAACUUGAUACUUCUUUUAAAAAAUGUGAAGAAAUUUAUAAGAAUUUGGCUGGAGAAUGCGAGGCAGUUAAGGAACAGCACAUGAUGAUGGAACAGAAUAUUCAUAUGUACAGACAAUAUAUACACAAUGCAAAGUGCACUCUGCAAAGGGUGUUGGCGUGCUGGGGAACCUAUGAGGAGCACCUUCGCCUACUAAAGACUUCUUUUGAGGAGACAAAGAAGGAAAAACUUAAAGAGGUUCCCUUUGAGACACUCUCCCAGUGGAAUGUGAAAUACAAUUCUCUAAAUGAGGUGGGAAACUUCUUAAUUGAAGUCAGCAAUGUUGAAAUUGUAUCAUCUAUUUCUAAAGAACUGAGAAGGCUGAAUAAAAGAUGGAGAAAGUUUAGCACAAAAACUCCACUUGAACUGAAACUGCCAUUUAUGAAAAUAGACGAUCAGCCCAUUCUUGACAGUUCUGGAGCUCUUCUAGCUCAGGAGCCGGAUGUGCCAGUGGAGCUUGAUGAAAGUCACAGUGACUUUACAAAGGCUGUAGAAGAACAGGAAAAAGGUGAAGAAUUCACUAGAAAAUUGAAAGUGACUAAAGAGGUUGAAAAGCUCAUUGAACAGAUGGAAAUCUGGCAUUCAGAAACCAAAUCCAUCUUGAAUCAUCUGCGUUGUCAAGUUGAUGUGGAUAGCUCCAUGGGGGACACUUUGAAGCGUCUUGCUGCUAAGGGCUCUAUGUAUGAGGAGCUUCUGGCCAGAACCGAAGAUUCUUUACAGAUGGAUAUUCAAAGUGCUUCAAGCCUGGAGUCCUUCCAACAUGUUCUCAGAGCUGGGCUGCAGGCAAACCUUCAAGAAGCUAAAGAGAAAGUCCAGAUCACCAUGGUAGAAUUGUCCACAGCACUGAAGAACUCCACGGACACGUCACCACAGUUAAACGUGAGGCUGAAGGCUGAAGAGGCACAGAAGGAGCUAGAAUCAUACAUCAUGAGAGCUGAGAAGUUACUUGGGCAAAGAGAGCUCCCCAGUGGCCUCAUCUCCCAGUACAUGGAAGCUUUGGAAAUUUUUAACACCAAUAGUCUGGCCAAGUAUCUGAAAGCUAUUGAGGAACUGAAGCAGAGCACACCAGAGGGUGUGAAGCCGCAUCAGGAAGAGCAGAGUCGAGAUGCCUGUGCCAAGUGGGAGUCUCUCCAUCAUGAAAUUUCUUUGUAUAUCCAAAAACUAAAAAUAGACAUUGAAGAAGGAAAGCUUCGUGACAAUAUUGCAAAACUUGAAAAGCAAAUAAAUAAGGAAAAGAAGCUUAUCCGAAGAGGAAAGAUCAGGGGUCUGGUCAAAGAACAUGAGGCUUGCUUUUCUCCAGAAAGUAUUGCAAGCCAGCUUGAUCACCAUGUGGGUGCCCUGAAGGCGCUGUGUGAAGAGCUGACUUCCCCGGAGGGUCAACAAGAACUAAAGAAAGCACUGAGAUAUUAUGAACAAAAGAUAGAAACGCUUCUGAAAUGUGCUUCCGGGAUUCGCGUGACCCUGCAGCACCAAGGAGGUGCAUCAGAGGAGAGGGGCACCGUGACCACCACUGAGAAUGGCGGGAGCAGUGACCACAGUGAGGCACCAUUUGCGAAAUCAGAUGACCAGCCAUCCACUGAAAAGGCAAUGGAAUCCAUCAAGAACUUUAGCCAGACACCAGAAUUAAAGCCUCAACAAGAAGAAAGCAUUGUGAAGAAGGCAGUAAAGGAUCACAGCACAUCUGUAAAUAGCUUGCAAGAGAGGUAUGAUACACAAAGAGAGAUUCUUGAACUACACCUACAAAACAACGCAUUCAAGGUUACUUCUGACUUCUCUAGUGGAAAUGUGAAGAGUAGUGCUUGCCUGCAGGAGAAACUGGUAGACCUGCAGGCAUUAAAAGCUGACACUGAUGCUUGCUGGAAUGAGUUUGAAGUGACUUCACUGAAUUUAGAAAGUCUGCUGAGUGACAUGAAGAGGCCUACAGUGGCCAAGGCGAGAGACUUACUGAAGGGAAAAGAGAAUGAGCUUCAGCAACUUCUUCACAUCAGAAUGGAGUCAUUGAAGACGGCACUGCAGGCCGUGCUGCCCUUGGAGAAGGAAUCCACCCUCCUGUGUGACUCUGAUCUGCCACUCUGUGCCCUGACUGUCCAGGAUCUGCACUUUAUCAAGGCUGACAGCAUCUUUCAGAAUCUCAGGAAUAUCCAAAAUUCCAUAGCAACACAGAUCACACUCUGUGCUAAUUUAGAGGAGCCUAAAAAUUUUGUAUCAAGGGAAUUGCACACAUUUGAUCAGCGUGCAAUCCAGGAUAUUGUCCUAAAAUGUAGAACGCAGCUGGAAAAAAUGAGCCAGAAGGUGCAGAUGAGGGAAGAGGCCCUGAAAGCUCUGGAAGAUUUCUUGGCUUCUGUGAAAGCAGCUUUGCUGUCUGCUGAGCCCCCGACAGACUGUCCUGCCUCAGAUGCACCAGCAAACACUGUGGCAGUGAAAAAUGUCCAGGAAGACGUGCACCAGAUAAAAGAGAAGGCCAGGCCUUUGGACGAACGCUUGAAGAUGCUUGGUAUAAGUUUUAAAGAUGCUGAACAAGGGGGAGAUACCACCUGUGAGAAACUUCUUGGUGCGCUGUUGGUAAAGUUAUCAGAGACACACGGCUUGAGUGAAGAGGAACUUAUGGAGGAAGAGAAAUUAUUAGAGGCUUGUAGUUCCAAAAAUAAUGAACUCUUUAAAAACAUUCAAGAUAUCCAGACUCAGAUCAGUAAAACUGGUCUCAAGGAUCCCACUGCUCCAGCUGUGAAGCAUCGGAAAAAAUCGUUACUCAAACUGGAUAAGGACCUAGAUGGAUAUGAAGAAGAAAACAAACAGAUACAAAAAAUGGCUGAUUCUCUUCCACAAUUCAAAGAUGGCAGAGAGAAAGUUGUGAAGCAACAGUGUCAAGAUACAGCCAUCUUGUGGGAAAGUGUGAAAGCUUCUGUCACUGAGUGUCUUGAUCAAUGUGGAAGAGUUUUGGAUCUCUUAAAACAAUAUCAGAAUUUUAAAGGCAUCUUAACAACUUUGAUUCAAAAAGAAGAGAGCGUCAUCUCCCAGCAGGCCUCAUACAUGGGAAAGGAGAACCUGAAGAAAAAGAUAGCCGAGAUUGAAACUGUUAAAGAAGAAUUUAAUGAACAUUUAGAAAUCGUAGACAAGAUAAAUCAGAUCUGCAAAAAUCUGCAGUUUCAUCUAAAUAAAAUGAAAACCUUUGAAGAGCCCCCUUUUGAAAAAGAAGCUAAUGUUAUUGUGGAUCGAUGGCUUGAUAUAAAUGAGAAGACAGAAGAGUACUGUGAAAACCUUGUGCGCGCUCUGGCUUUGUGGGACAAACUUUUAAACUUAAAAAACAGCAUUGAUGAGUGGACUGAAGAGACUCUUGGGAAAGUGGAAUCACAUCAGCUGACUGAGGAGGACGGGGAAAGGCUGACGGAAGAGUUAAAAGUCCAUGAAGAACAAACUUCAGAAUUUUCUAGAAGAGUAGCAGACAUACAAUUGCUCCUUCAAUGUAGUGAAAAACCACUUGAAUUGCAGGUCAUGGAGUCCUCUGUUUUGAGCAAGAUAAAACAUGUAAAAAAGUGCCUCACAGGAGAACCCAAUAGUUACACGCCUAGCAGCAACACAGCUGAGCUAAGAGAGGAUCUGGACCAGGCCAAGACCCAGAUGGGGAUGACUGAGUCCCUCCUGAAUGCCUUGUCUCCCUCUGACAGUCUGGAGAUCUUCACGAAGCUUGAGGAAAUUCAGCAGCAAAUCCUGCAGCAGCAGCACAGCAUGAUGGUCCUCGAGAGCCAAAUAGGCUGCCUCACUCCAGAGCUCUCAGAAUUGAGAAGACAGUAUGAAAGUGUCAGUGACUUAUUUAAUACCAAGAAAAGUGCUCUGCAGGACCACUUCUCCACACUCUUGAAUGAUCAAUGUAAGAACUUCAAUGACUGGCUCAGCAACAUCAAAAUGAACCUUAAGGAAUGUUUUGAACCACCAGAAACAAAAACGAGCAUGGAACAAAAGCUGCAGAAACUCACCGAUUUCUUCGCUCUUGAAGGACGAAGCAGUAAAAUACGGCAGGUGGAAACUGUCUUACUGCAUGUGAAGAAGCACCUACCCAAAGCACAUGUGAAAGAGCUCAACAGCUGGCUUGGGAGUCAAGAACUCGAGUUAGAAAACAUGGAGUCUAUAUGCCAGGCUCGAGCAAAGGAACUGGAUAGCUACCUGCAGCAGCUACUGAGCCUAGAGGAUGAUUGCAGAAGCCUGAGUGAGUGGUUGACUAACCAAGAAGAGAAAUGGAAAGAAAUGGGAGCCUCAGGAGAGAAAGCUGAGCUGUUGUACCAAGUGUUAACAAGAAAGAGGGAGCAAUUUGAAACUGUGGCCCAGCUGAACAACUCUCUGAAGGAACAUGGGCUUACUGAGGAAGAAGAAGUAAUAACAGAAUCAACACAUUUGAUCAACAGAUACCAGACUUUAUUGAGACAAUUACAUGAAAUUGAGGAAGAGGAUAAGUUACCACCUGCUGAAGACCAGAACUUUAAUGACCUUGCACAUGAUGUAAUUCAUUGGAUAAAAGAGAUUAAAGAGUCCCUUAUGGCUUUAAAUUCAUCCGAAGGCAAAAUGCCACUCGGAGAAAGAAUCCAAAAAAUAAAGGAAAUCAUUUUACUGAAGCCUGAAGGUGACGCCAAAAUCCAGACCAUAAUGAAACAAGCCAAGCACUGUGAGGCCCCAUUGGUUCAGGAGACCCUUGCUGAUAUCAGCGACCAGUGGGACAGCACUCUCCAUUUAGCCAACACAUACCUAAGCCAUCAAGAGAAGCUUCAGCUAGAAGGAGAAAAGUAUUUGCAGAGUAAGGAGGACCUGAGGCUGAUGCUCACAGAACUCAAGAAGAAACAAGAAGCAGGCUUUGCUCUGCAACCUGGACUGCCAGAAAAGCAAGCCCAGUUAAAAAUCUAUAGGAAAUUCCUCCAGAAAGCCCAAGAUUUGACAUCCUUGCUAGAGGAACUGAAAUCUCAGGGAAAUUAUCUCUUGGAGUGCACUAAAAAUCCUAGCUUCAGUGAAGAACCUUGGCUGGAAAUAAAACAUUUGCAUGAGAGUCUUCUUCAACAGCUCCAGGAUUCUGUGCAAAAACUAGAGGAUCAUGUUCAAGAACACAGUUCAUUCCAGAUUUGCAUCACAGACAUGAACACCACACUGGACAACUUCUCCAAGGAGUUUGUCAGCCUUUGCGAUGCACCUGUGGACCAAACGGCAGCUGAGGACAAACUGCAGAAACUGCAGGAACUGGAGAGUAGACUCAAUUUAAAAGGUGAUACAUUAAAGAAGGUUUUAGCAUUAGCAAAAUCCAUCAAGCAAAAUACAUCUUCAGUGGGACAGAAGAUUAUGAAAGAUGAUAUAAAAUCACUUAAGUGGAAACAAAAGGAUUUGGAAAACAGAAUUGAAUCUGCCAAGCAGGAGACUGAAAAUUGUCUCAGCAACAUCCUUAAAUUAGAAAGCUCGACAGAAAAGCAGGAAAAGUUUGCUCUGCCAGGUGGAGAGAUGCUGGCCACUUCUGAUGUGGUGGAGCCCACUCAGGAAUCGGCAGCAGUAGGCGAGUCGCAGGGAGACUGGGAAACAAACAAGAACUCAGCUAUGGAAAUGAUUUUGUCAAAACAACUUUCUCUCACUGUUCAAGAAAGCGAGCAAAACAGUGAAGAUGAGCAGAAAGUCAAUGAGCUGAGAGAUCAGCCCUUAGAAGUGGAUGUUUCAUUAAGAAAUGAACAAUUAAAAGAGAUGGAGGAAUUGUGUACCCAUCUAGAAACAAGAAAAGCAGCUGUUGCACCUCUGGAUCAAUCUCAGUGUCUCAACAAAACAGCAGCAAGUGCCUCGGUUCUGCCCAGUGCCAGAUCGUCAGCACUCCCCUUGGACAGUCUGCUUCACACACUUGCUACUUUGAAGAAAAAUAGAGAAGACCAGUAUCAUCUCCUUAACAAUUUUCUAGACAAGCUGGCCUCAGCUGAAUUGUCACUGAAAGACUUCUUGACAGAAAAGGAAAGUCUUAAAAUAGGACAGCUUGACAGCGCAGCCUAUCUGGACAAAAUCCAAAAGUUCUUGGAAUCCAUACAGAAAGAAAAAGGUUCUUUAAGCAAACUUCAAAUGGAAUGGGGAAGUUUAUCAAACCACCUUACGGCCACAGAUAAGAAGCUGUUAGAAAGCCAGAUGAAGCGACUUGAACUUGGUUGGGAACAAGGGGAACACCUGCUUCACAGGAAAUAUUCUCAGCAGGUGAUGGAGCAUGAUGAGCUUACCUACCUCCUGAAGAAGGUCCAAGACACCAAGCUUUCUCUGCAGCAGCAGCAGCAGCAGCUACGGCUAUGUCUGGACUCUCAAGAACAACAGGACGGGAGCUCCGGUGUCGUUGCCUUGGCCACAGAGCUCCAGGUGCUCAAGCUCGGAUUUUCUGUUUUAAAGGGGCAAGCUGAGCUUCAGAUGAGGAGGCUUUGGGGAGAAAAGGAAAAGAAGAUUUUAGAAGAUGCAAUAAGAAAUUUGAAGGAGCAACUAGAAACCCUGGAACCAGUAAACUUAGAGGCAGAGAAUCAGAUUCAGAAGUGUGGCUUAAAGAACAAGAUAAAGGAGACUCUCUUAUGGGUCAAGAACAUGUUGGCCGAGCUCAUAACCCCCAUUGCCCUUCUCCCCAGUGACAUCCUUUCACAGAUCAGAAAGUGCAAGGCGAUUCAUGAUAACAUUCUGGGUAAGCAGCAGGUCGUGGAGUCCCUGGUAGAGGAGGUUGGAAGGAUGACUCCUGGCCUUCCAGCUUGCGAGAGAGAUGAUUUGCAUACCCUUCUGCAGGGCUUGCAGGAUCAAUACCAAAUGCUGGUUUUAAAAUCAGCUCAGAGGUCACAGCAACUAGAAUUGAAGUUGGAAGAAAGAAACAAAUUUUUGGAAAUAAUAGCAAAGGCUCAGCUCAUGCUUGAACAAAAUGAAGCACUCACAAUUCCAAAGCAAACGACCUCUACGGAAGCCGAGCUGGAGCAUUGCAAGGUCACCUUGAAGGCCUCCCAGCAGGAACUACAAGACAUUGAAAACCUAAUCUCAACACAUCUUCAGGAACUAACAGAUGCCUACAAGGAUGCAAAUGUGUUUGAGAGAUUAUUUCUGGAUGAUCAGUUAAAAAAUCUCAAGACAAGGACCAAUAGAACACAAAGAUUGGUUCAGAAUAACUGUAAUGGACUAGAACGCAAGGUAAAUUCUUACAGAGAAUUCCACAACAAAAUGUCCCUGCUUCAGAAGGAGGCUGACGUCAUCCAGCAGGGCUCAUGCCUUCUGCUUAAUCAGGAGCUAAAUCCAAAUGCUGAAGAGGAGCUUCACAGUCUUAAAGACAAGUUCGCUGCUGUUCAAGACAGCAUCUUGCAGGUGUUGAAACUUCAAGAAGUAUUUGACUGUAUGGGGCUCAACUGGGAUGGUUCACAGCUUGAACGAUUACAAACCCAGGUAUCUGAAAAAGAAAGGGAACUGGAAGAGAAAAUUAAGCAGUUGCACACAUUUGUGUCAGAACAUGACAGCUACCAAGCAUCGCUAAGCAAGAUGAGGGCUGUGGAUCUGCAAAUUAAGAAACAGGCUGAAUUACUACUGAAAGGCCCUCAUGUUUCACCAGAAAGCACUCUGCUCAAUGCACACAUUUUGAGUCAGAAAAUCAAAAACGCCAGAGGCUUAUAUGAUGAGAUGAUGGAGAAAUUAAAUGAAAAUGAGGCUUUUGAUGACUCAUUCAAAGAGAAAGAAAUGUUACAGCUAAAACUAAAUGCAGAAGGAAAUGAUAAGCUUCAUGGGGUUCUCCAAAACAUGGUGCUAGAGUUGCAACCAAAAGAAAUGAGGGAAAAGGAUUUUCAAAAUAAGCUGGAAAAUUCCCUAUAUGUUUUAAAUCAAAUGAAAUCUCAUUUACAGCAGCCUUUAAGUAUAAAUUUGGAAAUUAAGCAUAUUCAGAGUGAGAAAGAUACUUGUGAAGCAUUUAGGGAGCAAAUUCAGGCAGAAAUGUUUAGUGUUAAAGCUGUGCCUGUUACCAAAGAGCAAGAAGAAAACUCGGAAACUAGUGGUGUGGAGGCAAAAUUGCAUGACAUCGAAGAUCUUCAGAUGCAGCUUAGCAACAGCAUUGAUUUACGCACAAAUGCCCUGAACAGUGCACACGAAAAUAUAACCCGCUAUAAUGAGGUCGUCACCAGGGCAGUCCAGAUCAUCAGAUCCCUGGAAACCAUCCUUCCAUCAUACACAGUAAACCUUCACAGUCCCGAAGAAUCUCUGGAGCUGCCUCGUGGUAAGCAAGAAGAAUUGGAGUCCUCAAUAGCAGACAUCCGGGACCUCACUGAGAAGCUGGGAGCUGUCGCCAGUCCUGAGACCAGAGUACAACUUGAGAGCACGCUUCAAGAACUGGCUGCUAAGACCUCAGUCUUGAAGGCAGCAGUCGAAGCUGAGGGAGCAGAAGUAGAAAGGUGUCUGGAGAAUUACAAGUGCUUUAGAAAAAUUAAAGAGGAAAUUUGCACUCAACUGGCGAAAAUGGAGACAGUUCUCGAAGAGUCCAUGUCCACAUUGCCAAGGUGUUACAAAGAAGCUUUAGAACUCUUGGAACACAGCACGGUCUUGGUGUCAAAUCUCCUAUCAACCAAAGAAGACUUAGUAAAACUCCGACAGGUCGUCAGACACCUGAGACGCAAGUGCACAGAAAACGAUGGCAUGUGUGUGCUCGGAGUCGCCUCGGCUCUGUGGGAAAAGUGGCUGAGUUUGCUGCUAGCUGCUCAGGAGUGGGAGCUGUGGAGUAGAGAGCUGAAGGAGGCAUGGAAGUUCCUCAGUGAGGAAAUUGAACGAGAAGCAAUUAUUUUAGAUAAUUUUCAGGAGGAACUCCCAGAAAUUUCCAAAAUAAAAGACGCAGCUACCACAGAGGAACUCUCUCAGCUGUUGGACUCUUCACGCCAGCAUGAGGACAGUGUGGAGAUGCAAAGUCUGCUGCUGGCCCUGCUUCUACAGCGCAUAAAGAGUAUCCAGAAUGUUCCUGAAGGCACAGAGGCUGUGGAAGCUGUCCCGGCACUUGAAGAGAUUAGGUCUAUGCAAGAACGAUGCAACAGGCUUCUUCAGACAGUUCAAAAGAAUAAGGAACUGAUUGAGACAGAAAUCCAGGAACGACGUUCUGUCACAAAGGAAAUAGCUGAUGUGAAGCAUUUAUUUCAACAAAUCUCAACGUCUUUCCAAAACAUGGCAUUAGAAGGCCAUCCAGAAAGGGCAGAACAGUUUGAGGAAAUUCAAAGCCUUCUUAAGAAGGGGAAACUAACUUUUGAGAACAUUAUGGAAAGACUGCGCAUCAAGUAUUCGGAAAUGUAUACCAUAGUCCCUGCCGAGAUGGAAUCCCAGAUGGAAGAAUGCAGAAAAGCUUUAGAAGACAUAGAUGAGAAGAUGAGCAGUGAAGUCUUGAAGAGUUCCCCAUCGUUGGUGAUGAGUAGGAAAAUAGAGACAAUUAACAGUGGGCUUCAGGACAUUGAAAAGAUGCUGCAACAGAAAAGCAAAAACAUCGAGGAAGCUCAAGACAUUCAAAAGAAAAUAUGGGAUGAGCUAGAUCUCUGGCAUUCCAAGCUGAAUGAGCUGGACUCUGAAGUCCAGGACAUUGUUGAGCAGGACCCAGGACAGGCUCAAGAAUGGAUGGAUAAUUUGAUGGUUCCUUUCCAGCAGUACCAACAAGUAUCACAGAGAGCAGAAUCCAGAACCUCACAGCUCAACAAGGCCACAGUCAAGAUGGAGGAGUAUAGUGAACUUCUGAAGAGCACUGAGGCAUGGAUAGAAAAGACCAGUCGUCUGCUGGCCAAUCCUGCCCACUAUGACUCUUCAAGGACUCUGAGCCACCAUGCCAGCACUCUCCAGAUGGCUCUGGAAGAUUCUGAACAAAAGCACAGUCUUCUACAUUCAAUUUUCAUGGAUCUAGAAGAUCUUUCAAUCAUUUUUGAAACAGAUGACUUAGUCCAGUCCAUUCAAGAGUUAAGUAGUCAAGUAGCAGCUUUACAACAGCAAAUAAUGGAAACCCUUCCACAUGCCCAGCGAAUGGCAGAUGAUGUGGUUGCUAUCGAAUCUGAAGUAAAAUCCAUGGAGAAAAAAGUUGCAAAAAUCAAAGCUAUCUUAUUAUCCAAAGAAAUAUUUGACUUCUUACCUGAAGAACAUCUUAAGCAUGGGGAGAUCAUCCUUGAAAACAUCCGCCCCAUGAAGAAAACCAUUGCUGAAAUCAUGUCUUACCAAGUGGAACUGAGGUUACCCCAGACAGGAACAAACCCUUUGCCUGUGUUUCAGAGGACAAGCCAGCUUUUACAAGAUGUGAAACUGUUGGAAAAUGUGACUCAGGAACAAAAUGAGUUAUUGAAGGUAGUCAUAAAACAGACCGCUGAAUGUGAUGAAGAGACAGAGAAUCUGAAACAGAUCUUAGACAAUUAUGCAGCUGAGUGCUCCCUUGAACAUAUGUCAGCAGAGCAAGCUGCCGACUUGCCAGCGGUACAGGGAGAGAUCGAAGGGGUGGAAAAGCAGAUUCUGAUUCUGAACCAGAAAAAAGAAGACCUGUUGGUGGACUUGAAGGCAGCUGUUUUAAACCUCCACCAGUACUUGAAGAAAGAACAGCAGGAUGAGGGAGACAGGCCCUCAGCAGGCGUGUCAGAGGAGGGUGGAGAGGCGGAGAAAGAUGCUUCAGACUGGAAGUUUACCAGAAAGGGUUCCAUGUCUUUCCUGCCAGCUGUGGAGGAGGAAGCAGAAGAAAACUCCUUAAAGAGUGAAAAUGGACAUAAGAAAGUGGAGCCAGCCUCUGUGUCUUGGUCUCUACGCUGGAAAUAUGACAAGGACCUGGAAGAGGAAGGGGACUCCUCAUCCUCUGCCACCAUCAUUCAGGAGGUAGGUGGGAGAAUAAGCACCUGUGACAGUGCCAUGGAACACAUUCCUGCAACAGACUCAGGAACCCCUGAGCAGGGCCCAGGACCAUCCCUGAGGCUCAGCCAAACAGAACAGGGUGCCACACCUCUCAUCCAGGCCACAGCUCUGGACUUUUCUCAGGAGCACAGAGCUUUUGAGGCUACGGUGGAGAGAACAAGGCCCCAGCCUGCAGAAGUCCUCCAUGUAUGCAAGACCCAAGUGGCAAAGCUGGAGCUGUGGCUACAACAAGCCAACGUGGCAUUUGAGCCGGAAACGUUAAAUGCGGACAUGCAGCAAGUGGUAGAACAGGAGCUGGUCGGGUGCCAGGCUAUGCUGACAGAGAUUGAGCACAAAGUCGCCUCUCUGUUAGAGACGUGCAAAGAUCAGGGCCUGCGAGAUUGCGGGGCCACUCAACACGAGGCUGAAGCACUAUCCCUGAAACUCAAAACUGUGAAGUGCAAUUUGGAAAAGGUCCAGGUGAUGCUUCAAGAGAAGUACAGUGAAGAUCAGCACCCUACUGCUCUCAAGAAACAUUCACAGAACCAGAGAGUCCUGCAACCAGUAAGCCUUUUUGAGAUGGAAUCUGUCGAAACCAAAAGUCCACAGUUCAGCAAACAAAAAGAUGUUUCUCAGCACCAGUUUCAAGAGUUAAAACCAUUGGAACAGAAAGAUUUAAUCAAGUUCAUAGAAUUUAAUGCUAAGAAAAUAUCGCCCCAGUAUUGCCAACAGGAUAAAGAUACAGCUCAGGAGUCAGCUGUGAGCAACAAGGCAUUCAGCCCUAGCAACGAUGCUCCAGACUCAGCCUUGCCACCUGAGGGCCAGAGUGGUGAUAGAUGGCAGUAUCUUUACCAUGAAUUAGUAUCAAGAGUACAUCCACCUGUGCCUCAGCUUGUGGAGCCUCAGGUUGCCACAAAUAUGAGUAUUCUACCCAGUGUGACUGUAUAUAACUUCAGAUACCCUACGACUGAAGAACUGCAAGCUUACACCAUGCAACUUGAAGAUCUGCGCCAGGAAGCACAUCAUCUUCAGACACAGGAGCACAUGACAGAAGAAACAUGUAACAAUUUGGAUACAAAAUUAUUCGAACUCUUUCUGAGCCUCAGUCAGUGCCUGAGCAGCAUGGAGUUGCUGCUGCAGAGGCCCCGGCUCCUCAGAGAGGAUGCGUCUGGCCAGCAGGUGUUCUUUGAGAAACUGGCUCUCGAGUUGAAGAAACUUUAUUUAGCACUGGGUGACAAGACGGAUGAUCUUUUGAAAGCUGUGACUUGGCUUGACAAGAGCCCCACGUUGCUACCUGAAUGUUUCCAGGCCCUCCAAGUCAGCCUGGAGCACAGCCAGGCUAAAGCUGCCUGGAAAAGUUCUUCUCUGAGGGCAGGCCUUGACCACAGUCGCAGUUACCAGAAUGAAAUAAAGCAAUUAUAUGAUCAACUCAUUAAGAAGAAGACAGCUUUACAACAGUCUUUGAAUGAAAUCAGUGGGCAGAGCAUUGGUGAACAGCUUCAGAAAGGAGAUGCAUACGCGAUGGAGUUGCAGAAUGCUGAGGGCCACGUGGCCAAACUCAGAGACGAAGGGGAGAGGCUUCACUUCCCUCAUGUCUUACUCCAGGAUGUUUACAAGUUAGAGGAUGUACUUGACAGUAUGUGGGGAAUCCUGAGAGCCAGGUACUUGGAACUCAGUGGCCCGUUCCUCACUGAGAGCCAGCAGGAUGCCUUAUUGCAAGGCAUGGUGGAGCUAGUCAGUAUUGGAAAAGAGAAGCUUGCUCCCGGCCCCUUACAGCAUGCCAAGAGUAAAGUCGCUUUAGAGGCUCAAAUACGCGAUCACAAGGGAUUUUUCCAGAAACUUGUUGCUGACAUGUUGUUGAUCCAAACAUACUCAGCAAAAAUGUUUCCUUCAUCAUUACAAAAGAGAGAGAGAUUUUGGGCAGAACAGGUAGCAGAAGUGAAGUCCCUGGAAGAAAAGGCCUGUCUGCAUGGCACGCAGCUGCAGAGCUUGUUACAGAAAUGGGAAGAAUUUGAUGAAAACUACGCUUCUCUUGAGAAGGACCUGGAAGUUCUCGUGUCUUCGUUGCCCUCUGUGAGUUUGGUGGAAGAGACAGAGGAGAGAUUGCUGGAAAGGAUUUCCCUUUACCAGCAAAUAAAAAGAAACAUUGAUGGAAAGCAUGCCAGGCUUUGCCAAACCCUCAAUGACGGAAAGCAGCUGGCAGCAUCGGUGAGCUGUCCCGAGCUAGAAGGCCAGAUCAUGAAGCUGGAAGAGCAGUGGUUGUCCCUAAAUAAGAAGAUUGACCAUGAGCUCCACAGGCUGCAGACGCUUCUUAAGCACCUGAUCAGUUAUAACAGAGAUUCAGAGGAAUUGACCACGUGGUUGGGAUCUUCUCAGCAAACUUUGAAUUACUGGAAGGAACAGUCCCUCAAUGUGUCUCAGGACCUGGAUACAAUCAGAAGCAACAUAAACAAGUUUUUUGAAUUUUCAAAGGAAGUUGAUGAAAAGUCAUCUCUGAAGUCUGCAGUGUUGAGCACUGGGAACCAACUUCUUCACCUGAAAGAGGCAGAUACGGCCACGCUGAGAGCCUCAUUAGCACAAUUUGAACAAAAAUGGACAAUGCUCAUAACUCAGCUUCCAGACAUUCAAGAGAAACUUCACCAGCUUCAGAUGGAGAAGUUGCCGUCCCGUAAAGCCAUCACUGAAACCAUCAGCUGGAUGAACACUGUGGAGCCGCAAGCAGGCGAAAACUCUGAGCUCUCGCCCAGGUCUUCAUCUGAAGUGAAAAAUCUUCUGAUGAAACUCAAGGAGUUUAGAAUGGAAAUGGACUACAAACAGUGGAUAGUUGACUUUGUUAACCAGUCACUGCUUCAGCUAAGCACCUGUGAUGUAGAAAGCAAACGCUAUGAAAGGACGGAGUUUGCAGAGCACUUGGGGGAGAUGAACCGUCAAUGGCACCAAGUGCAUGGAACCCUGAACAGAAAGAUCCAACAUGUAGAACAACUUCUGGAAAGUAUCACUGAAAAUGAAAACAAAAUACAAAAUUUGAAAAACUGGCUGGAGGCACAAGAAGAGAGGCUGAAAACGCUACAAAACCCUGAGAGUGUGAUCUCCGUAGAGAAGCUGCUCCUGGACUGUCAGGAUAUAGAAAACCAGCUUGCAGUGAAAUCCAAAGCACUGGAUGAGCUGAGGCAAAGUUCCCUGACUUUGGAGAAUGGGGUUGUGCCGUUGUUAGAAGACUCAGCAUCUGGGGUUGAUGAGCUGCUUCAGAAGAAGGGCAAAGUGAACAGCCAGGUUGGUCAGCUCAAAGCCUCCAUGCAGUCUGUGCUGCAGGAGUGGAAGGCUUAUGACAAGCUCUACGAGGAAACCAAUGUGAUGACAAUUCGACUUGCAUACUGCACGGAACACAGCAAGCCUUCGGUUUUAUCUUUAGAAGCCUUGAGUUGCCAGGUGCAGAACCUUCAGGCCCUUCAGGAUGAAGCUGAGAGCAGUGAGGGGAGCUGGGAGAAGCUCCGGGAAGUUAUCGGCAGACUCAAGGAUUCCUGCCCCUCCAUUGCUGAAAUAAUUGAAGAGAAAUGCCAAAGUGCUCAUUCAAGGUGGACUCAGGUGAACCAAGACCUUGCAGAUCAGUUGCAGGAGGCCCAAAGUCGGCUGCAGCUCUGGAAGGCUUCUCACACUGCACACACAGAAGCCACAGCCCAGCUGGAGCAGCAGGAAACAAAGUUCCAACAACUCACCAACAUCAACAUGUCUGGAAGCAACCUAGCAGAGAUCCUGCCACUGGCCCUGCAGGACCUAAAGGAGCUGCAGCACAGUGUACUAAAGACAAAAGAAGCCUUUCUUGAAAAUUCUGCCCUCCUGGCUCGGCUCCCACAGCCUGAAGAGAACAGUGUCCCUGGACUCCAUUCUGGGCAACUGCACUCCCUCCAGACAGCUGCCUAUUUGGAAAAGAUGCUGCUGCUGAAAUCAAAUGAAUUUGAGAUUGUUCUGGCACAGUUUAAGGAUUUUGAAGACCGGCUAGAAUCUUUAAAAGAUCUUAUUAUGCAUGAGGAAGAAAAUUUGGAUAAACUUUACCAUGAAGAGAAAGAAGAAAAUCCUGACUUGUUCCUGAACCAUGUCCUGGCACUGACAGCCCAGUCCCCUGCCAUUGAGUGUUUGAAUGAAGAGAGCCUCAAGCUGCCCCUGAGUGACAUGGCUGUGAAAACGUUACAGGAUGUGAAUCGGCAGUGGAUCCGGGCUACGGCCACGGCGCUGGACCACUACAGCAAACUUCAGGGCUAUGGAUUGAAUGAAAAGUUUCUUCAUUACUGUGAAGAGUGGAUCCAGCUAUUGGAGAAGAUAGAGGACGCAGUUAAUGUGGAUAUUGCCCAGAGCCUUCCAGCGCUCCUAGAACAGCAGAAAACCUACGAGAUGUUAGAAGCUGAAGUUUCUGUAAACCAGACAAUUGCUGAUGCUUAUGUCAUCCAGUCCUUACAACUUCUGGACACAACAGAAGUAGAGAAGAGACCAGAAUUUGUCUCAGAAUUCUCAAAGUUGUUGGACCGAUGGCAGAAUGCCACCCAGGGCAUUCAGCAAAAGAAAUGUGACAUCAACAGGCUGGUGAGACAGUGGCAGUACUUUACCACCUCCAUAGAGGAUUUGAUCCGUUUCCUCACCAGCACCAGCCACUUGCUGUCUGCAGUGAAGGGACGGGACUGUUACAGCCUCUACCAGACCAGAUACCUCAUGCAUGAGCUGAAGAGCAAAGAGAUCCAUUUUCAGAGGCAGCGAACCACCUAUGUAUUGGCCUUGGAAGCUGGGGAGAUGUUACAGAACACACCCAACCUGGAAACUAAAGAAUUAAUUGACAGGAGAGCCAGUGAGCUUCGGGACACCUGGAAGGACACAGAGCUCCGCCUAGGGGAGAUGAUCCACCAGCUGCAAAGCACGGUCGAGACCUGGGACCAGGCUGAAAAGAAAAUCAAGGAGCUGAAAAGCAGGCUGCAUGUUUUGAAAGCACAAAACAAAGAGCCGCUUCCCGAACUUCACGAGGACCUCCACAAAGAAAAGGAGCUGAUGAAGGAACUAGAGAAGUCUUUGGCUAACUGGACACAGAACUUGAAAGAACUUCAAACUAUGAAGGCCGACUUAAGCCGGCACAUCCUGGCGGAGGACGUGAUGGUUCUGCAGGAACAGAUUGAGCAUUUGCACAGACAAUGGGAGGACCUCUGCCUCAGAGUGGCUGUCCGCAAGCAGGAGAUUGAAGACAGACUCAAUUCAUGGGUCGUGUUCAAUGAAAAAAAUAAAGACCUGUGUGCAUGGCUGGUGCAGAUGGAAAACAAAGUUCUACAGACGGCAGACAUCAGCAUUGAAGAAAUGAUUGAAAAGUUACAGAAGGACUGCAUGGAAGAAAUAAACAUAUUCAGUGAUGCCAGGCUGCAGUUGAAGCAGGUGGGCCACCAGCUGAUGAAGGCCAGCAGCAAGACCAGGGCGGCCGAGAUCGAUGACAAACUCAGCAAAAUCAACGAUCGCUGGCAGCAUCUUUUUGAUGUCAUUGGAUCGAGGGUGAAGAAGCUGAAGGAGACAUUUGCUUUCAUUCAGCAGUUAGACAAAAACAUGAGCAACCUUCGAACCUGGUUGGCGAGAAUUGAGUCGGAGCUCUCCAAGCCGGUUGUUUAUGAUGUCUGUGACGAUCAGGAGAUCCAGAAGAGGCUAGCUGAACAACAGGAUCUGCAGCGAGAUAUUGAACAACACAGUGCAGGGGUAGAGUCCGUGUUCAACAUCUGUGAUGUCCUAUUGCAUGACUCUGAUGCCUGUGCCAACGAGACAGAGUGUGACUCGAUCCAGCAGACCACAAGGAGCCUGGACAGACGCUGGAGGAACAUUUGCGCCAUGUCAAUGGAGCGGCGCAUGAAAAUUGAGGAGACGUGGCGGCUCUGGCAGAAGUUUUUAGAUGAUUAUACCCGCUUCGAGGACUGGCUCAAGUCUGCUGAGAGGACAGCAGCCUGCCCAAAUUCCUCCGAGGUCUUGUACACGAGUGCCAAAGAAGAACUGAAGAGGUUUGAGGCCUUUCAGCGGCAGAUUCAUGAACGACUCACACAGCUGGAGCUCAUCAACAAGCAGUACCGGCGGCUGGCAAGGGAGAACCGCACGGACACAGCCAGCAAGCUGAAGCAGAUGGUGCAUGAGGGUAACCAGCGCUGGGACAAUCUGCAGAAGCGCGUCACAGGCAUACUGCGGAGACUCAGGUACUUUACCAAUCAGAGGGAAGAAUUUGAGGGCACCAGGGAGAGUAUUCUGGUGUGGCUCACAGAGAUGGACCUGCAGCUGACCAACGUGGAGCACUUUUCAGAGAGUGACGCUGAUGACAAGAUGCGCCAACUGAACGGCUUCCAACAGGAAAUUACACUAAACACCAACAAGAUCGACCAGCUCAUCGUGUUUGGGGAGCAGCUCAUCCAGAAGAGUGAGCCCCUGGAUGCCAUGCUGAUUGAGGAUGAGCUGGAAGAGCUACACCGCUACUGUCAGGAGGUGUUUGGCAGGGUGUCCCGCUUCCACCGGCGGCUGACCUGCCAUACUCCAGGCUUGGAAGAUGAAAAAGAGGCCUCUGAGAACGAAACAGACAUGGAAGAUCCCAGAGAGAUCCAGACUGACUCCUGGCGUAAGAGGAGAGAGAGUGAGGAGCCCUCAUCUUCCCAGUCACUGUGUCACCUCGUAUCCCCAGCUCUGGGACACGAGAGGUCUGGCUGUGAGACCCCUGUCAGUGUGGACUCUAUCCCCCUGGAGUGGGAUCACACAGGUGAUGUGGGGGGCUCUUCCUCUCAUGAAGACGAUGAGGAGGGCCCAUACUACAGUGCACUGUCAGAUGUAGAAAUCCCUGAAAAUCCUGAGGCAUAUCUUAAAAUGACCACAAAAUCUUUGAAAGCAUCUUCUGGGAAAUCCAUUUCUGAGGGCCACUCAUGGCACAUACCAGAUAGCCCUUCCUGUCCCAAGCAUCGCUACAAACAAAUGGAAGGUGAUAGGACCGCAGCACCUCUCCCCUCAGAUUCCAGCACCCCUUACAAACCAGCCUAUGUAAAGCUGUUGUUACGUCAAGGCACUGGUGAUGGUAAAGAAGGCCUAAGAGGCUCCAAGGACAGCCCCCAGCGGGAAGAUGAGCAGCUGGCUCCCUUAACAGGACAGCAGUCAGGUACCUUUGACAGAUGGGAGCUCAUUCAAGCACAAGAGCUUCACAGCAAACUCAGAAUAAAACAGAACGUGCAGCAGCUGAAUUCUGAUAUCAGUGACAUCACUGCUUGGCUGGAAAAAACUGAAGAAGAACUCAAAGCUUUAAAGAUGGCAGAGCGUCCCUCCAGUAUCCAGGAAAUGGCAGUCAGGGUGAAGAGACUGCAAGAGAUAUUAAAAGCCUUUGACACCUACAAGGCCUUAAUGGUUUCUGUCAACAAGAGCAGCAAGGAAUCUCUGCCCACCGAGAGCAACGAAUCCUCAGAGCUCCAAAGUAGGCUCCACCAGCUGAGCCUGCGCUGGGAAGCAGUCCAGGGCAUGAUGGACAGCUGGAGAGGGGACUUACGACAGUCACUCAUGCAGUGCCAGGACUUUCACCAAUUGAGUCAAGACAUGCUCCUGUGGCUAGCGAGUGCAGAGAGCCGGAGGCAGAGAGCACAUGUCACCGACCCAAAGGCAGACCACCAGGUUCUCCUGGAGUAUCAGAAAGAACUGAUGCAACUAGAAAAGGAGCUGGUAGACCGUCAGCCUCAAGUCAGCUCCUUGCAGCAGCUUUCCUCCAGUCUCCUUGUGAAGGGGCAUGGAGAAGACUACAUCGAGGCUGAAGAGAAAGUCCACGUAAUCGAAAAGAAGCUCAAGCAGUUGCGGGAGCAAGUAGCUCAGGAUCUGAUGUCCUUGCAGGGAAGCCAGAAUCCAGACCUAUCUCUGGCCAGCUUUGAUGAAGUAGACUCAGGGGAACAUCCUCCAGCAGCCUAUGUACCAGCUCCCCACACAAAGCAGUUCGGAGCAGAGAGAACUACAGAAGAGGAGAACGAGACUGACAGGAUGCCCCACCUCACAGACCCUGGUAGUUCACAGCCAAGGCGCUCCUUCUUCUCAAGGGUGAUCAGGGCAGCGCUGCCCCUGCAGUUGCUGCUCCUCCUGCUGCUGCUCCUGGCCUGCCUGCUGCCUGCCUCCGAAGAAGACUACAGCUGCACCCAGGCUAACAACUUCGCCCGCUCCUUCUACCCCAUGCUGCGGUACACCAACGGGCCGCCUCCCACCUAGAGGGCUCCACCAGCUGCAGUGCCAUACCAACAGCCUGUUGACUCCUAGCCUUGGCAAGAUCCAGAGACUUACUGCAGACAUGGCCCUCCAGGCAUGUCCAAAUGGACUCUAGAAGCCAAGGACAGCUGUGAAAGGAUGUUCGUCUACUGGAGCGGAGAACAGAUGCAGCAGGGCCUGGCAUUCAAAGCUAGCAGAUUAGUUAAGGAAAGGGGAGCUUCUUGAGGAGCAACGCACUUUGAAUUCUGACCUGUUUGUAAAAGAGAGUUCUUCUGUCCUUGAGCAAUGGUGUUCCGCACAUAAACCGUAUUUGAGAAAUAGAUUCCCACUUUAGUCAUGGUUCAAAAACUGCUCUGAGCUUACUGAUUCAGAUUUUAAAUGUUUAGAAUCAGUUUUUCUCCAAUCAGCUAGCAGUCUGAGCUCUGUUAAACCAAAAUGUUCUGUUCAAUACCUAGGCAGGCUCUUUUAUAUUGAUUUAAAUUUUUUAAAGAAAUUUUAUUGCAUGGAUAUGGUUAUUUGUGCAUAUUUUUAAACAAUGCUGGAUCUGUAUGAAUAAUGUAAACUUUGAUUUUUUUAAAAGAUGAAACAUUUUGGCUUGAGCUUUUGACUAAUGUACAGUAAAUGCCAAACCACAGACUUGAUAGAGAUGUUUUUGUAAGUUAAUUUUGUAAGACUUUUCACGUUGAAAGAGAUGCUUCAGGUCUGGUUGAGCUGUUUGGCCACCGGAGGUUGGUACAGAAACUUGAAGCUAUUUGUGGUAUGUACAAUGCAGAUGUUUCCCAUUAAAGAAAAAAUUAACUAGA